GUCGUGUGGUUCACGGCACUCUUCCCCUACGCCGUGCUCGCCAUCCUCCUCGUGCGCGGCGUCACGCUGCCGGGCUCCGCGGAGGGCAUCAAGUAUUAUCUCAACCCCAAUUUCUCCGCCAUCACCAAGGCGGAGGUGAGGGUCGUGUGGUUCACGGCGCUCUUCCCCUACGCCGUGCUCGCCAUCCUCCUCGUUCGCGGCGUCACCCUGCCGGGCUCCGCCGAGGGCAUCAAGUAUUACCUCAACCCCAAUUUCUCCGCCAUCACCAAGGCGGAGUUUAUCAUCGUAUACGGGUUGGUGGGCUACGAGCCCCUCACCUACGAGAACUACAUCUACCCCGGCUGGGCCAACGUCCUUGGCUGGCUUAUCGCGGGCUCGAGCGUGGCCUGCAUCCCCGGCGUCGCGGCCUUCAAGAUUCUCACCACCCCUGGGACCUUCUGGCAGUUUAUCAUCGUGUACGGGUUGGUGGGCUACGAGCCCCUCACCUAUGAGAACUACAUCUACCCCGGCUGGGCCAACGUCCUGGGCUGGCUCAUCGCGGGCUCGAGCGUGGCCUGCAUCCCCGGCGUAGCAGCCUUCAAGAUUCUCACCACCCCCGGGACCUUCUGGCAG